CAUGGUUUUAAGAAGCCUAAUGAUGAUCGUGCCCUUCAGUUGAUGAACAAGUGUGCCCAGACAGUGAUGCAAGAGCUAGAAGACAUCGUCAUUGCUUAUGGACAAAGUGAUGAGUACAGUUUUGUUUUCAAAAAGAAAAGCAACUGGUUUAAGAGAAGAACAAGGAUUUGAUGGACGUGUUGUGUUGUAUCCCAGUGACCAGAAUCUAAAGGACUAUCUUAGUUGGCGACAAGCUGAUUGUCAUGUAAAUAAUCUGUACAAUACAGUAUUUUGGACUCUUGUGCAGAGAAGUGGCUUGACACCAGUACAAGCACAAAAGAGGCUACAGGGAACUCUUGCAAGUGACAAGAAUGAGAUUUUAUUUUCAGAAUUCAGCAUUAACUACAACAAUGAGCCCCUGAUGUAUAGGAAAGGAACUGUUCUAGUGUGGCAAAAGGUAAAUGAAACCAUUAGGAAAGCCAUUAAAAUUCCAAAGGAAACAGAAGAGAAGGAAGUUGAAGUGACUCGGAUGAGGACUACAGUAGUUCCUUUGCACUGUGACAUCAUCAGGGAUCAGUUUUGGGACCAGUAUCCUGAAAUCCUAUCUGGUGAUAGCUGACCUUUGACAUCUGGAUUCUAGUGUGAAAUACGCUGUACAGUUUACUUUGCAAGGACCACGUCAUGGAAGAGGAAGAUAUGAUUGGCCCAAUACAGAUAUUACUGAGGUUUAAACAUGUGCAUAUUGCUAGAGGUUACAGAAAAAAGAAUUCUCUUAAAAAGGCAUGUAAUAUCCAUAAAUGUUAACGUAAUAUUCCAUCAAAAUUAUGAGGUGCCUUAUAAUAUUGACAAACUUUACAGUGGAAAAGGAAUGCCUUUAAUUUAAGCUCUGGCCUGUUGGUGCAAGUCCCAUGAGAUGUUAGGCUGCCCAUUUAAAACUCUGAAAACAUUUAAACUCCUGCUUCAAAUUAAGUUCUAUCAUCAGGGAGCCGAGUUACAAAUUAUCCUAGUUGCUAAUGUCUCUGGAUUAUAUGAGUGAUAAACAAAAUACCCUGGCAAGUAGCUGAAACUAAUUAGGAAGUUUUCUCUCAAGUGUAAAUUAGUUCUGGCCUUUUUGAAAGCAAUGGAAACGUAAUUUCCCUCUGUAAUCGUACAUUUAUUGUUUGGGCUCUCUCCUUGCUGCUUUACUGAUUAUUAGGGGAGGUCUCAGGUGGCCAUACUGGAGUAAUAAAGUUAUUAUAUAAGGGGGGUAUCACAGCAGGGCAUGUUUGUAGGUCAUGCUCUCAUUUUCUGCUGCCUGGGAAGCUAUCCAGUUCCUGCUGUUGAGGAUUGUGGCAACCAACUUAACUGAAAGUUCUUUACUGUGGUGCAGAGUUCAAAAAGAGUUUGUGUUGCUCUUCUGCAUUUCCUUGAGGAAGAGCCAUGAAGUAGCAAGACCUCUUCCAAGAAAGAAAG